AACCGAAGAAGAGAUGACAACCGCUCCUGAAAGAAAAUGGCUGACAUGCAGUGCGGCUGCAGUAUCUCUCGACUCUAAACAUAGUUUUCCGUUGACCAACGCAUGAGUAUGCACUCUUAUUCUUGAAAGUUAUAUAAGAUGUUUAAAAAAGCGAAAAGAGCUAAUUUCCGGAGGAGGAAUGAGUCCGACGAGGAUGAACAAGAGGAGACCCAGCCACAGCCACAGCCGCAGUCGCUGGCGCCCACAUCAUUCGGGCCUGUUGUUGAAAUCCCGUUCAUGGAGACCUCCAGUAACACCUCUACCGUAGCACCGAGCAGCUCGGACAUUAGUCACAGCAAUGGCUUUCUGGCAAAUAUUAUCAAUGUUAGAGCUGUCAAGAAGGAAAAGAAGGUGAAUUAUACAGCGCCCGUGCCUCCACCGACCAAAGCUAGCUUGCUGAGUUUCGACGAUGAAGAAGAAGGAUCCGAGGUGUUCCGAGUGAAGAAACCCAAUCACAGCAAGAAGAUUGUAAAGCAGUUGAAGAAAGAAUACAAAGAGGAUUUGCAGAGAUGUGGAAGUGUCAAACAAGAAAACAAGUCAGAUGCUGCGUCACAACCAACAGUUGCCAUUAAAGAAGAGCCUACCAGCAUAGCGAGCAGUGAACAUGGAGAGGAGGAGAUGGAGGUUGACAGUUCUGAGGAACAAGAGGAAGAGGCACGGAGUCAUGGUGGUCAAGCACAUGCUCAAACCCCCAGAAGCAACAAUAUGACAUCAACUUUCAACACACUGUCAUCCCUGGGCAGCUUGAGACCAGGUGAAAUCCCUGAUGCGGCAUUUAUCCAUGCUGCCAGAAAGCGCAGACAAAUGGCAAGAGAGCUUGGAGGGGAUGCUCCCCUGGUGGAGACGGAGGCUCCCAAGAAACGCCUGGCUCAGGAAGACCAAGACGCCAGUGACGAUGAAGAUGAGGAAGAGAAGAGGAUACGCUUCAGUGGAGUAAAGAAUAAAAGCCAAAGGCAGAAGAUAGCAGAAGAGAUAGGUAUUGAGGGUAGUGAUGACGAGGCUCUGGACACAGGUCAGGAUGAAGAGGUUAGCCGGUGGGAGCAAGAGCAGAUUAGGAAAGGAAUCAGCAUACCCCAGGUCCAAAGCACCCCGCCAGAGGACAACACAGUUUACUACCAGAGCAGCUAUGAGACCCAGCCCUAUGGCUCCUCCUACAGCAUGCCUUUCACCUACAGCACAGUGACGCCACAAACUGGAAAGCUACCAGGCCACCCCGACAAUGGCUCUGUUCACUAUGGGGCCCCUAUUUGUGCUCUGAAUCCGGUAUCCAUUGAUUUGGUAAAGAAACGCCUGCAGGAUAGGCUCACCCAGAUGCAUUCAGGCCACGGUGCAAAUACCAAACGCUACGAGCAGAUCAAGGAAGACCUAGCUGCCUCUGAGACUGCCAUACAGCAGCUGGAGAGUUCAUCCAAUGACAAUGCAGAUCAAUAUAAAUUCUUGCAAGAGAUGCGAGGGUAUGUUGGAGACUUGCUUGAGUGUUUCAGUGAAAAGGUGCCUGCUGUCCUGGAGCUGGAGGCUGCCAUGCACCAGUUACUAAGGCAACGGGCCUCACGACUUGUCCAGAGAAGACAGGAUGAUAUUAAAGAUGAAUCGUCGGAGUUUGCAAGCCUUUCAAAUAAAGCUGUCAUGGCUCCCAAUCUGGACUCAUUUGGUCGAGACCGUGCAGCAUACCAAGAGCACAGCCGUCAGAGGAGGAUAGCUGAAAGAGAAGCCCGGCGAACACGGCGGCGGCAAUCUAGGGAGCAAAAUGGAAAGAGGGCAGAGCAUAAAGAGGGCUUAUCUUCUGAUGAUGAGGAAACGUCCACUGACAUCACCAGCUUUGACAUGGAGAAAGAUCGCAUCGUGAAGGAAUGUAAGAAGGUGUUUGAAGAUGUGGUGGAAGACUUUCAUUCUCUCGACUGCAUCAAAUCCCAUUUUGAAGUUUGGAGAAUAGAAUACCCAGACUGCUACCGAGACGCUUACAUCAGCCUCUGUUUGCCCAAGCUCUUUAACCCUUUAGUCCGGCUGCAGCUCAUUACGUGGAAUCCACUCGAGACACAGUGUGCAAACUUUGAGUACAUGCUCUGGUUUGAGGCGCUGCUGUUUUACGGGCUGGAGGAGCACAGCGCCUUGCAGAGUGGAGACGGGGACAUCGGCUUACUGCCUGCCAUUGUAGAGAAGGUCAUCCUCUCCAAAUUAUCAGUCUUGGCAGAGCAGGUGUGGGACCCGCUGUCAGGCAGUCAGACCGCCAGGCUGGUGGGCUUCAUUCACCGACUGAUGAAAGGUUACCCCACUGUGUUGCACGGGGAUAACAGUUACACACAGGACCUUUUGAAAACGAUUGUCUUAAGAACCAGACGGACUCUGGAUGAGGAUGUUUUCCUUCCACUCUAUCCUAAAAGUGUGAUGGAGAAUAAGAAUAGCAGUGCUUACUUAUUCUACCAACGGCAGUUCUGGUCCUGCGUGAAGCUGCUUGGCAACAUUCUACAAUGGGAGGGUAUCUUAUCCAAUUCCUGCCUGAAGGACCUGGCUUUGGACAGCACUCUCAAUAGAUACAUCCUCUCUGCCCUGCAAACCACAGAUACUGGGGAAGAAAAUGUCCCCAAGUGCCAGAAGGUGGUGGAGUGUUUGCCAUCCCACUGGUUCUCUGGGCUGAAGGGCCAGCAGACGCUGCCUCAGCUGGAGCCCCUCUGUCGUUACCUGGCCCACCUGGCCAACACGCUGCACCGGAGCGGGCUGGUGGUGUCGGAUGUGGAGCGGCGCACCACUAAGGAGCAGGUCAGAGAGGUGGUCAAGAUGUUGGGCCAGAUGAACGCCUUGGACCACAUCAUCGCCGUGGCAGCAGAACAGGGUGUAAAAGACAUCAAGCUACUGAUGGAAGUGAAGUAGCAGAGGAGGACAAACCAGAGGCAACAUUUACACACAUUUUGCUCUGCUCAGCACAUUUGGAGCCAAAAGAUCCCGAAGGACGAUUCAUGGGGAAAAGAGUGUGUCGACGAUCGUGGAAUAAAACUCAGCCGUCGCCACAACUCUAAAGGAGAGGAGAGGAAGGCCAUUUUUGUACAUGUUGUGAAUAAUGUAUAUAAAAUGUGCUCAUUCAUGUAUCGCCACAGACUGAUGCUGACCAAAGGCCUCGUGUUGUCAGCUCAGAGAGACUCCAGCAAAAGUACAUGCCGGCAAUAUUUUUAAACACUUAAUUUAUUUGGAGGGAUUUUUGUUUUUGACAUGGAUUACGUUUUUGAAAGCAUCCUAUCCCUGAUUUUCGUCACCAGAUUCCACCAGCCUAUCUGUAAACUACACGUAACUGCCGCACAUCUGUCACAGAGCUAUCCUUUCCACGUGUGCCACGCACACCCAAAACAUCCGGUAAUCCCCAUCACUGAUGAUGGGUGUGUGUGUGGGGGGGGGGGGUCGGAUGUGAUAGUUCUCUGACCCAUGCCUCAUUCUGCACCUCCAGGAAAUGCUCUUUUGACCUUACAGAUUUGUAAGAUAUAUGUUUUAGUAUUGUGUUUUGCCUGUGAAUAAAAUAUACAUUGUA